AUGGCCCUGACCCCGGAGCUGUACGAGGCCCCGGCCUCCAAGCUGGACGCCUUCGUGGCCCGCUGGGUGCAGCCCACCCAGGAGUGGAAGGAGGCAGUGCUGGAUGCUGGAGGAGUCGUGGAAACCUUCCUCAGGGAACAGCGCUUCCAGGGGGAGCAAGGACUAGACCAGGAGGUGCGGAUGCUGAAGGUGGUCAAGGUGGGCGCCUUCGGAAACGGCACGGGAAUCCUGAGCAGCACGGAGGUGGAGCUGGUGGCCUUCCCAAGCUGUCUCCGCAGCUUCCAGGACCAGGCCAGGUGCCACCGCGCCGUUCUCCGCCUGAUCCGGAAAAGGGCCCUGAGCUCGGAAGACCUGCUGGCCCUGGGGCUGGAGAGCGUGAGACUGGUCCGGGGGGUCCCCGACGCGCUGGUCUUCACCGUCCACUCUUGGAGUUCAGCUGAGCCUGUGACUGUCCGAGUGGUCCCUGCCUGCAAGACCCUGGGACCUUCCGUGGUCGCCAACACCCAGCCUCCUCACCCCGCGGUCUACGAGGCCUUGAUUCAGGCCGAGGGCAGCCCCGGCCUUUUCUCCCCGUCCUUCUGUGAACUGCAGAGAAACUUUGUGAAGCAUCGGCCCACCAAGGUGAAGAGCCUCCUGCGGCUGGUGAAGCACUGGUACCUGCAGUAUGUGAAAGCCUGGUGCCCCCGGGCCGCGCUGCCCCCACUCUAUGCCCUCGAGCUCCUGACCAUCUACGCCUGGGAGGUGGGUGCUGAGGAGCAGGAGAGCUUCCGGCUGGAUGAAGGCUUGACCACGGUGAUGGAGCUGCUCCAGGAUCACCAGUUCCUCUGCAUCUACUGGACCAAGUUCUACUCGAUGGAUGAGCCGGCCCUUAGGGAGUUUAUCCGGAGAAAGCUCAAAGAGGAGAGACCCAUCAUCCUGGACCCCGCGGACCCCACCCACAACGUGGCCAAAGGCUACAGGUGGGAUAUCUUGGCCCAGCGAGCCAGCCAGUGCCUGAAGCAGGACUGUUGCUACGACAGCGAGGACAACCCCAUCUCCAGCUGGAACGUGAAGUGUGCUCAAGACAUCCAAGUGACUGUGGAACUGGGGGGCUUCCCAGAUUUGAUCCUCUGGAUGAACCCUCACGACCCCAUAACAACGAUCAUCGAGAAGAUUCGCCGGCAGCGGAGAAGGGCUUACUCGGGCCAGCAGUCUCUGUCCUUCCAGGAGCUGGGCAGGGACAGGCAGGUCCUCAGCCCCCGGUGCUCCUUGGCCGAUUAUGGGAUCUUCACCAACGUGCGCCUCCAGCUGCCGGAAACCUUCCCCCCAGAACUGCAGGUGUUCGUGAGGAGCUCCGACGGGGUGAGCCGUGUCUACACCGUCCACCCCACCUGCUACAUCAGGAGUCUGAAGCAGCAGAUCGAAGCCAGGGAGGGGCUGAUGCCGGCACAACAGAGGCUGGAAUUCCGAGGGCAGAAUCUGCAGGACUGGUUGACUUUGGGGGACUGUGGGAUCCAAGACAAUGACACCCUUGUCCUCUCCAGGAAGAGAGAAGGAGAGCUCAGCUAG